AUGGCGAGAGAGCUCGUUGGAUUUGGGGGUGGAAAUGGACAUGAAAUUAUGAGCAGUAUUAUGAAUGGUUCUGUUUCUGGAACCUUAAUGCUAUUAAUGAUGUUUGUAUUGUCCAUCUCGCUUGUCUCAAUGGUCAUAUUUGGUUGCGGCGAUAGCUCCCCGGGGCCUCGAAGAAGAUCCGGAUGGAGUGGAGGUGGUUAUUACGGUGGUGGAUAUGGCGGCGGCGGUGGAGGCGGAGGUGGAUGUGGAGGAGGCGGUGGCGGAGGAGGUGGAUGUGGCGGUGGCGGAGGUGGCGGUGGAUGUGGCGGUGGUGGUGGAGGAGGAUCUUGA